AGAGGAAAAUUUGUCUCCACCGUCUACGUUCCUCUCUCCCUCUUGUUUGUUUUUGCGCUCGACUCAUCUCGACGUCCAUUUUCGCAUUCGUGCGUAUUGCUUAGGAGACUCAUCUUCGACACAGGCAGCGGCAUCGUCUUCAACGCAUUAUCUUCCACUUAGGCGUGUUCUUCUUGGCUGCGCUUUUCUUCCUCGACUCAGGAUCAGAAGACAUAAUUGUACUUCUAAUGUCUACAACAGUUCUUGAUGGCCAGUCUGAUGAAAAAUUGGUUAGGAAGCCAUCUGUUAUUCGGGACUACCCACCUGGGAUUGGACGGAGUACAGCAAGAAUCCAUCCAAGGGCAAUGUUUUCAAGAAGGUUUCCUUCCUCAAGAGUUUCCGCUAUCAGAGAUUACCCCCCUCUUUGUGGACCAAAUUCCCUGAGUCAGGGUAAGGGAAAUGUUUCCAAGGGCAAGCUCAUGGACAGGAAUUUGAGUGGUGGUAUGGAAGAAAGGAAGAGAAAACUCGAUUGCCUCACACCGGGUGAUGGGUCUAAAGCUGUGUUGAGGACUAAAGACUCUUUGAAUCAUUCAAAGAUGAAUAUUUUGAAAAAGAGAGAAGGAAAUGCUGCUUCUGGAGGUAUAGGUAGAAAAUUUUCUGAUGUCCGCAGAUCACAUGGUUAUAUUGUAAAUGUUCCACUUCUGCGUCGCGGUACCCGAAAUACUGUAAGGGAGACGAUGCGCUGGUUUCAAGCUGUUUGUAGAAAAUUGUUGCAAGAAGAAGAAGCGAAGUUAAACAGCCAAGCAAAAGCUCACAGGAGGAUUGAUUUAGAGGCUUUUAAGAUACUUAAAAAGGAAGGAAAAUGUGUAAAUGUUGGAAAGAUCUUUGGUUCUGUCCCAGGGGUUGAAGUAGGUGAUGAAUUUGACUAUAGGAUUGAGCUUAAUAUAGUUGGUCUUCAUCACCCAUCACAAGCUGGCAUAGAUUAUACGACAAUCAACGGUGAGCACCUUGCAACUAGUAUUGUUUCAUCCGGGGGAUACAAUGAUGAGUUGGAUAAUUCAGGUGUCUUGACUUAUUCAGGCCAUGGGGGGAAUGUGAUGUGCAGCAAGAAAAAACCUGAAGACCAGAAGCUUGAGCGGGGUAAUCUUGCUCUGAAAAACAGUAUUAAGAAAAAGAAUCCUGUUAGAGUGAUACGUGGUGCUUUCUUCGGAGAUGGAAGUCGUAAGAGAUAUGUGUAUGAUGGAUUGUAUGAAGUUGAGACAUAUUGGCAAGAAAAGGGGCCGCAUGGCAAGAUGAUUUUCAGGUUUCAGCUGCAAAGAAUCCCAAAUCAACCAGAGCUUCCUUGGAUUGAACUGAAGAAUUCCAAAAUGUUCACAUUAAGGAAGGGUUUGAUUGUUGCUGACAUCUCACAUGGUAAAGAGGAAUUACCUAUUCGUGCUGUGAAUACCAUAGAUAAUGAAAAACCACCAUCAUUUGAUUAUGUUACUAGGAUGAUCUAUCCUGAUUGGUUGCAUCCAAUAACUGCUGAGGGAUGUAACUGUACUGACAGAUGCUCUGACCCAACAAGAUGUUCUUGUGCGGUUAAAAAUGGAGGAAUUCCAUUCAAUCACACGGGGUGUAUUGUAGAAGUAAAGCCACUAGUCUACGAGUGUGGCCCUUCUUGCAAAUGCCCUCCAGAUUGCUAUAACAGGGUCAGCCAACGUGGCAUAAGAUUCCCACUUGAAAUUUAUAAAACUGACAAAAGGGGAUGGGGAGUUAGAGCUUAUUGCUCCAUACCUUCGGGGAGUUUUGUAUGUGAAUACAUUGGAGAGUUGCUUGAAGACAAGGAAGCUGAACAAAGAACUGGCCAUGAUGAGUAUCUGUUUGAUAUUGGUAAUAACUUGAUCAACAAUAGUAUUCUUUCUAAUGAAUCUAGGCCUGAAGGCUCCGACAAUGGUGGUGGCUUCACCAUCGAUGCAGCUCGAUAUGGUAAUGUUGGCAGGUUUUUCAACCAUAGCUGUGCCCCUAAUAUGUAUGCACAGAAUGUCCUGUAUGAUCACGGUGACUGCAGGAUUCCUCACAUCAUGCUGUUUGCCGCUGAGAACAUUCCUCCAUUGAAAGAGCUUACCUAUGAUUACAACUACUCAAAGGAUCAAAUCUAUGAUUCUGAUGGCAACAUAAAGAAGAAGGAUUGCUUUUGUGGCUCUGUGGGAUGUACAGGGAGGAUGUAUUGAGGUCCUUGGAGGUUUGUUAAUGGAGAAGGGGUGAUGCUUUUUGACUUUGUUCUUUACACAUCCCUUGAUGUGUUUGACUUGUUUUGUUUGUUCUGCAUUAAUCCUGACUCUGU